AUGACAGCAUUGAGUUCCGCCAUUUUUGUUACGCCAUUCCUUGAUGGUGCUCGGAGGUUCACCCGCAUUCGGCUGAAAUUGGUAGCGAUGACAGUCUACUCCGUACGGAUGGCAGUUCCGUCGCAGUUUCUGUCUGACUCCACAUCAAAGGAUAUCCGCGGUGGUCUUCGGCCAAACGGUCUGGCCCUCUAG